CGCUGGCAUAACUGUUCAUGUUAUCUUAAAGGAAGUUCGAAUCCCAACAGAUGCUCGUGAUAGUUAUUCAAUUGCUGAAUAUUUAAUGACGGUUAUCUCGCUCAUUAGAAUGGUGAUUGAAAACUUUGAAAAAUUGAGAAUCAUCUGUGAUGCUGCAAAGGAAGAUGAUAGAGUAUUUGCUAAUUCUGUUUCUAACAUCUCUUGUAAAGAAGAUUCGUCGAUUUCGUCACAAGAAUCUGAUUCGUCAGAUGGAUCUCAAGAUCUCGAGGUUAUAGAAAGGGAACUUCGUGUCAAAAGGAAUAUUAAAGAAGCCACGGGUAAAUUCAAGGGACAAUUAUUAUUAUAUAACAAUUGUGAUAGUGAGCACCAGACUUUUAGUUGUCAACUUAGUUUUAUUAUUUAUUAAGAGUAUUUCUGUAGUGAUCUUAGACGAUAAAAUAUAUGGAUAAGACAAUUAAAUGCAAAUCGAUAAUAAUACAGUGAGAGAUGAGAAGAGAAUAUAGUUCUUAGAUGUCAAAGAUAAAAGAGUUUACGACGGGUUUAU